GUCUAAGCGCGAGCUACCACCCGCAAGCCAUCGGAUCGGUCGGGGGGAUGAAUAGUGUCUUUUUGGUACAGUACCACACCUGGGCGCUAGUUGCUCGAUCAGGUACCGUUCCUUGAAGGCUUAGAUGGCGCUUGCGGCCCCGUCCCGCCACUUGUCGCAUUCUCGACGAACAGGGAGCGGCAAGCAUGCGACAAGGGUCGAUGUGAAAGGGUGGCACAUGGACAAGCCAAACCAAACAACGGGAUGGACUCCCCAUGUCCCGACCUUUUGGUGUCGAGGACGCUUUAAACACUACGUACGGUUUUCAAGAGGCAGACAAGUGCCUUGCAUCAGGUGCAUCUCUUGUUUUCCCCUCCACCUCACCUCCUUCAAAGCAUCUAAUCUUGUCCAUAUCCAUGUUUCAAUCCAUGCAUCAACUCCCCUGUCCUGCGCCCCAUACUCAGCUCGCAGGGUUGCCUUCAACCUUGGGUCAAUCACAUCGACAUCCCCAUGCAUCCAUGUUCUAACACUCUCUCAGAUAAUCCUGCCCAGGUCUAACCCAGCAAUGCCUCUCCUGGUUCCUAUCUUUGUACCAAGAGUAAAUAUCUCACUUGCACUGAGCCCCAUAUUCACAUCUGUAUCCCUGCUAAACACCGAGCUUGCUCUACUCGCCAGCCUUAGCCGUCUGUACCUCUUCCCGUCUGUGAUCUUUGCUUCAAUUCUACACCAACUCCCCCACUAUUACUCCCGCUUGCUGUUCUAUACCCUCAUCGCCCACCUUCUUUACAUGAGCCUAAAGCGUCCCAUCUGCCGGGACUUGUUCAUACGCCUCCCAGGGGGCUGUGUCUUACCAAGUUUGGCUUGUCCAUCUACAAUUCUCCGGACUCACUGCCUCUUUUGAUUUGUGCUUCUGUUCUCAACUCUGGGCCAUGGCUAGUCUCAAGAAUAUCAUGAACACCGACGAUGAACACGCCGAUUCAGGUUCCGGAAUCCGUUCCGUCUGUUCGACUUCAAGACCAUCCCCUACCCACAGCCAUGCUACUACAUUAAAACAUCCACCACCCCCUUCCUCCCAUGACAACGGGUCUGAUAAUCCUAUCUCAUCCAUGACAUCUUGUCUCGACGAUCACCCAUUGUCACCAAAGCCCAAUAUCAACAUGACUAGCCGACGCCGUAGCAACGCAAGUGUCGACUCCAACGAAUUCUCCUACCAGCCUGGCCCAUCAUCUCAGACUCCCAUGAGGCCCUUCACCGGAGCAGCCACUGGAGAGGCACACGUAAAGUUGACUCCUAUAACCAGAAAGAUCAGUAAGGCAAAGAAAGGUGUCCCAGUUCAUACAUGCAACCAAUGCCCCAAGACCUUCUCUCGGGCAGAGCACUUGAGACGUCAUCAACUCAGCCAUUCAGCUCCUGAUCUAUUCUGCCCGGUCGAAAACUGUAACAAGACUUUCCAUCGCAAGGACCUCCUCGACCGUCAUGUCCAAAGACAUGAGCAAGAUGGUCAAGAUGUUAGAGAUCCGAAACAUAACCGUCAAGGCAGCCCGAAAACACCUAACCUGCCUCCUGCAGACUCUGUCCCAGAACCAGGACUCAAGAUGCCGGAAGUCUAUAGACACCCUCGAGCAGUAACCGCAAGCAGCAGCUCGAACAUGGUUGGCUCAUGGCCAUCAGUGACAUCGACAUCUGCUCCUCAUCAGGCCUACAAUCCACCGCCAACCGUGAACAAUUCCUCAGACAACUACCCCAUCGGGCCAAACAACUAUGUACUCCAUACACUGCCAACGAACGAAAGUUUUGUAACAAGCUAUUCGGAACCACGAAACAUGUCCGACAUGUCUCUCAUAUCAUCCAUUCCUGAGGAAGCACCCCCUGAUCUAGGCUGGCCCGAAAGCUCAAUGUCUUCAUCAGCCCCUACAAGCACAUUUUCGACUCCCCCGGAUAACACCAGGCGCUCACAGUUCUCCGUGCCAACAACGAACGGGUCUUGGAUGACUGCGACUCCAACUUACCCAACUACUGCAAAUGACAUCACUGCCAGUCUGGACAGCAACACAUACCCUUGCUCGUAUUCAUAUACCGACACUCCGCCACAAGCAUAUCCUUCUGUCUUUGGCGAUAUGGAUCUUGCAUUACCUGGAUACUCCGAAGGCCCUUCUUUCAGCACUACCAACCAGAUCCCUAUUCCUACAGUUCGUAGCAUGUCCCCCUCGUUAGCUGUCGCUCAAUCUGAGACUUUAGUAGCUGUCCCCUCGCUGCCAGCAUCAGAUGGACUUUUCGGAUUGGGGGCGUGUAGCUCUGGGCCUUCGGAUGGUAGCUUAUUGAGUACUCCUGAUCUGAUGCCCCUAUCUCUCUCUACAGCAACGAGAGACUCAAUUCCGACAUAUUUAGAAACCUACUGGGAGCAUGUCCAUCCCAAGAACCCCAUCAUACAUAAGCACACUUACGAGGAUGUACCCGAGGAGGAGAAAGAGCAUGUGCAUGUGCUCCAAUGCGCCAUGGCUGCUCUGGCGACACAAUAUAUCCCUAAUGCAGACGACCGCAUGAAGGGAGCACAGCUUCAUGCAUACGCCUGGCAAAAGUCAAAAGUGUUUAUACAAGCUGAAAAGUGGUCAAUACCAGUACAGCAAACUAUUGCACUCUGCGAGUAUUAUGCUCGGUUUCGUGGCAGAAAGCCACACUCACAUCAGCCCUCUGCCCGGUUCACUGCACUCUACCACAGGGUUUUUAAUCGUCACCAUGAAUCUUCUUCUGGCUCUUCGACCCAAGGUCAGUCGGCUUGGAAGAUAUGGGUUGCUGCAGAAACUCAACGACGACUGCUGGCUGCCUGCUUCCUCCUGGAUGUCCACAGUUCACGGUAUCAUCAACGACCGUAUGUUGCCGCCAUUGGCCUGGACUACACUGCUCCGGACGCUCUUCCUAUUCCACUCACAGCAACAACAACAAAAUCUUGGGAAGCACAUGAUCCUCAAACAUGGACACGACUACGGACAAGAAAGGACCCGAAAACCAUCUCAAGCAUCAACAUCAGGACACUCUCUGCCACUGAUGUAGCAUCUCUGCCUGCCUUUGACGCGGCAAUCUUGCUUGCAGCAUGUUCAUUAUUUAUUUCGCGUCGUCAGAACCCAGCACACGUUGGCCUGAUGGAUGGUGCACUGAACUUUGAGUCGGAGAGAAUGCUUAUGUUAAGAGUAUUUCCUGACUCGGCAGUUGCCAGCACCUACUUAGCCCUUCACUACACACCUCUUUACUACCUAUUAUCAGUAUCUGGGCAGAGCUGGGUCUUCAACAAGAAGGUGACAGACUUCAAUGUCUUUGUGGAACACCAGAAGUUACUAGGCGAAUGGUGCAAAUCUAGCACAGCUGCGAUCGCCACGAUUUUUGCUGCCCGUGCUUUGAACAUGUUCCUUAAGCUCAAGGCUUCAUCCGAUCGGGAAGAAGACAGAAAAGGAAAAUUCAGCCAGCAACAAGCAGUACAUUGGACAGAUAUUUCGGACUACUGGGGUGCUUACGUUUGCUCGUUGAUCUGUUGGGCCUUUGGUAUUGAGGAUAAACAGGACAGGGAUAAUACCAAAAAUUUGCCAAAAGCUCCAAAGCAGUGGAUCUUGACAGUUGCGGAUCUGGAGCCGUCUGAGUUGCAAGCUCAGAAUCACCGCAAUGGGGCUCAAAAGGUUGUAAGUCUCGUGAAGGAGGCGUUGGAAAACGAUUGCCUGGGCGGAGGAAACAUUCUUUUUGCAGAUGCCGUGAACGUUUUAAAACAACUAGAAAGGGGGGUAUCUGCGAGGUCAUGCCCAGCUGUUUGAGGGUCUGGCGUUCAUGAAGGGCCAUGCCCUGUUUCUUUCUUCUCUCUCAUUUAUAUAUUUGUUUCGAGUUGACCGCAUUGAUGUGAUAUGAGAGCUGGAUAUGAUAUGAGACUGAGGGCGGAUGAGGAGAGGGGUUUGGUGGCUUGUAGCGUCGUCUCAGGAUCUCAGCCCUGGGGGAUAAUUAGAAUAGAGACAAGGGCCUGGAGGUUGUUAAAUGAGUG